AGUUGGGGAGAAUACAUAGGGCGAAUGGUUGUUGAAUGGAGUGAAUGCUCACACCCAAUCUGACAGGAAUAAUUUUUAUGGCAAUGCCGUUUUACUGAAUCGAAUUGUUAUUCGUAUUGAUUCCCCAAGAAAUUAGUGACUGUGGAAUAUUAUCUAAGGCUAGGACAACUGCAGUUGGCUGCAAUAACCACGCAGUCCGCGCCAUUCGUAUCUUUUCAUUGCUAACAUGGCGUGUUGCCUCAGCGAAGAGGCGAAAGAACAGAAACGAAUUAAUCAAGAAAUUGAAAAGCAGUUACGCAAAGACAAGAGGGAUGCAAGAAGAGAACUUAAACUACUUCUCUUAGGUACUGGCGAAUCAGGAAAAAGUACUUUCAUAAAGCAGAUGCGAAUUAUUCAUGGAUCAGGCUAUAGUGAUGAAGACAAACGCUCUUUUAUCAAAUUAGUUUAUCAAAACAUUUUCAUGGCAAUGAAUUCUAUGAUACGCGCUAUGGACACACUGCAAAUUUCUUACAAGGAUCCGGAAAAUGAGCAAAAUGCAAAGAAAGUUCGAGUAGUUGAUUACGAAACAGUGACAACUUUCGAUAGAGAAUACGUUGAAGCUAUUAAUAAGUUAUGGGCCGAUUCCGGAAUUCAGGAAUGUUAUGACCGUAGAAGAGAGUAUCAAUUAACAGAUUCCGCCAAAUAUUAUUUAGAUGAUGUUGAUCGAGUGUCUCAACCGACCUACCUUCCUACUCUGCAGGAUAUUCUUCGAGUGAGAGUACCCACAACGGGUAUAAUCGAGUAUCCAUUUGACUUGGACGGUAUUAUAUUUAGAAUGGUCGACGUCGGAGGUCAGAGAUCAGAGCGUCGGAAAUGGAUACAUUGUUUCGAAAACGUCACAUCUAUAAUGUUUUUAGUGGCGCUUAGCGAAUACGAUCAAGUUCUAGUUGAAUCAGAUAAUGAAAACCGUAUGGAAGAAUCGAAGGCUUUAUUUCGAACAAUUAUCACCUAUCCAUGGUUUCAAAACUCUUCAGUCAUUCUAUUUCUGAAUAAAAAAGAUCUCUUAGAAGAAAAAAUAAUGUAUUCGCAUCUUGUCGAUUAUUUUCCCGAAUUUGAUGGUCCUCAGAAAGAUGCACAACAGGCUAGAGAAUUUAUUCUCAAAAUGUUUGUCGACCUCAAUCCGGACCCGGAUAAAAUAAUUUACUCGCAUUUUACUUGUGCUACAGACACAGAAAAUAUUCGUUUCGUAUUUGCUGCAGUCAAGGAUACAAUAUUGCAGUUGAACUUAAAAGAAUACAAUCUUGUGUGA